AUGUCGCGCUUCCUAGGCAGACUGUCACGCACCCCUUCCUCCCAAUCCAUCUCCACCGUCGAUUCCUCCUCCCCCUCUUCCUCCUCCUCCUCGCAACCACUCCCCCCUAAAACCUCUUCCAUCCUCACCACCCCUGCUCCCGGAUGCACGCCCAAACCACUGCCCACCCUCACCUCUGACCAACAAACGAAACUUACCGAGCUCGAAACCUUCAUUCGUUCCUUCGCCUCCACCAACCCCCCUCGCUCCGACUAUGCGCCUUGGGAAAACAAAUGGCUCUCUGAAUACAAUCUCUACCAACGCUACCUCCGCGCUGCAAAAGGUGAUCUCCAGAACGCCAAGAAACGCUUGCAGUCCACGCUCGAAUGGCGCCGCUCAUUCAAACCCGAUUUGAUUCCCCCAUCAAGUGUAGCACACGAGGCUGAAACAGGCAAACAGGUCGUUUCUGGGUUCGACAACGAAGGUCGUCCCCUCAUAUACCUUCGCCCUGCUCGUGAGAACACUUGUCCCUCUAACGAUCAGGUCCGUUACCUCGUAUACACUUUGGAGCGGGCGAUCGAUAUGAUGCCUCAAGGUGUGGAGAACUAUGCAAUCGUGAUCGACUACAAAUCUGCUACUUCGCAAUCGAACCCUUCGCUUUCGACGGCGAGGACAGUGGCCAACAUUCUGCAGAAUCACUAUGUCGAGAGAUUGGGCAAGGCGUUUAUAGUGAACGUGCCUUGGUUCAUCAAUGCUUUCUUCAGCGCAGUCACGCCGUUCUUGGACCCGGUGACGAAGGAAAAGAUCAAGUUCAAUGCGAAUCUGACAGAGUACGUGCCGAAAGAGCAAUUGGAUGCAGAGUUCGCAGGAGGGAGGUAUAAUUAUGAAUGGGAUUUUAAGACCUAUUGGGAUACACUUCUAAGGAUUGGCGGUAUUGCUGAGGAUGGAAGUCGGACGGGGAAGAAGGAGGAGGUGAACGGAGAUGCGAUAGAAAGACAUGCGGUAGAAAGACAUGCGGUAGAAAGACAUGCGGAUAGAAUUGCUGCUACACAGCUGACAGACGAGGGAAAACAAGGGGCCACAAUCCCUGCUACUGCUGCUGUUGUUGGUGGCUCGACCGCCGCCGUGGCUACUGCUGCCACCAACGAAAGCAACGCCGCUACUGGAUACAAACACCUCCAAAAUACCGCCGACUACGAAUCUCUCCUCUCGGCAUACGACACCUUCCUAUUCGACUGCGACGGAGUUCUUUGGUCAGGCGACGAAACGAUCCCCGGAGUCGUUUCCGUCCUCGAAAAACUUGGUUGCCGUGGGAAAGAGAUCAUCUUUGUCACCAACAAUGCGGCCAAAUCUCGGGCUACAUACCUCGAGAAGUUUGCGAGUUUACGCAUUCAAGCUGAUAUCGAUCAAGUCUUUUCCUCUUCAUACGCCUCUGCUGUCUAUCUUCAAAAGGUGCUCAAGUUCCCCUCGGACCGGAAGGUAUAUGUAAUCGGCAUGCAUGGAAUUGAAGAAGAACUCGACGCUCUCGGCAUCCAGCACUGCGGAGGAACGAAUGCCGAGGAUAACAAGUUCUUACCAGCCCUAGACUUUACCUCUCUCCAAACCGAAGACGCUAUCGAUCCAAAGGUUGGAGCAGUGGUGUGCGGAUUCGACAUGCACAUGUCCUAUCUGAAACUCGCUAAAGCGUUCAAACACCUCACCAGGCCCGGGUUUGACGGGCCCGUCGAAGCAAACUGUUCGGGUGGUGGUUGUCAUUUCAUCUUGACCAACGACGAUUCGACAUUCCCAGCCAAAGGUGGACCUUGGCCAGGUGCAGGAUCUCUCUCCGCCCCACUAGUCUUUUCGACGAAAAGAACACCAACGAUUGUGGGCAAGCCGCACAAACCGAUGCUAGACUGCAUCAUCGCAACCAAACAUUUCGAUCCGAAAAGAGCCAUCAUGGUCGGGGACAGGUUGGACACGGAUAUCGAAUUUGCCAAGCAAGGUGGCAUCGCAAGUCUCUUGGUGCUUACCGGGAUCAGUAGCUUGGACGAGAUACAGGGUGUGGGGGCAAAGACUGUGCCGGAUUAUGUUGUGGAUAGUUUGGGUGAUUUUGAUGCUUUGCCCUAA